GGGCUGUUGCAAACGAGAUGGCUGGGGCAAUUCGGCCGCCGGGCGGCAGGGGGAGCUCGCGCGGCGCCGGGAAGGCUGCGCCUGCGCUGUUGCGCCGCCAAAAUGGUCGACUCGGAGGACGAGUUUCGGCAGCGGGACCCGCCGGGGCGGCGGCGGGGGGCGGCGGCGCGCGGGGCAGGCACAGUCGCUGCUCCCGCCGCCGGGCCGUCUCCCGUCCCCCCGGAGUGCGGGCUCAAGAGAGGCGGCGCCCCUCGGCCGGCCGGGAGGAAGAGGCGGCGGGAGGCGGGCGGGGAACCGCUGGCGGUUCCGGCCAGGUCCCGCUUGGAGGCCGGGCCCGGCGGGAAGCGGCCCAGGGCUGAGGCGAGGGGCCGCGGGAGGCCGCCGCCGCCGCUGCUGCUCCAAGGGCCGGAGGAGGCCCGCCGCGGACUCGAGGCCCGGGCGGCCCUGCUGCUCUCGGAGGCCCCGGCCGCGCCCCGCACGCCCCCGCUGCCCGCCAGCCGCUGGAAAGGAGCCCCGGCUAAUGCGAGCCCGGGAGGCUGGCUGUGGGAGCUGAGCUCGUUGACGGGCGCCCCGGCCGUCGCCCCUUGGGGGGCCGAUCAGAGGCCGGAAUUCGGCACGGCCGGGGCGCCAGCGGAGCCUCCAGAGACGGAGCGUUUCCCAAGCAGAACCGGCGAGUGCUUUAAAGCCGGCAGUCCGAGAGAUGCCGAUACCCUGCAAGAUCUCCUGGAGCUGGCCGGGGAAGGACUCACGUUCACCCAGUGGAGCCUUGAUGUUGGGCGGCUGGAGCACCCGGAACAAGAACAGAUGCCAGGUGUUCAGCAAAAGGCUUUUACUCGGUUGUUGGAGAAGCAGCAGCAGCAGCAGCAGCAACUAUCUCAAAAAUGCUCUUGUGAAACAUUCCCUCUUGGCUCACUGGCUGCUGCCUUCAAGGAGAUGGUCAAUAACCCUCAUUUGAGUGAUAUCCAGAUCCAGGUGGAUAGUGGGGAAGUCUUUUAUGCCCAUAUGUUUGUAUUGUAUGCACGGUGUCCUCAACUUUUACAAUUUGUUGAUCACAGACGUUUUGUGGUGGCUGAAGAAGGAGAAGUUGGAGCCUCCCGCGUGCUGUUAUAUGACGCUCCAGGGGAUGCUGUCGCUCUAUUCUUGAAGUACCUCUACACAGCUGAAUAUUUCAUACCCCAACAUUUGCUGUCAGAUGUGAUUGACCUAGCAAUAAGGUUUGGAGUGAAAGAAUUGGCUGCUCUGUGUGAAGGCCAACCUAGUGAAGAGAUAUCUGUGGAAAAGCCAGCUGAUGAUAAAGACAAAGUUGGAGAUUUUGAAGAACUUUUGAAAUCCAUGUGGCAGGAUGAAGAUGAGGAAACUGUGGCAAAAGCUGUAUGCAGAGAUGAAAUCAGUGACAGUAUGAAUGAGCAGGAAUUAGAGGAGAUUUAUGAGUUUGUGGCUACUCAGCGCAGAAUGACCUCUGAUGAAGCCAGGAAGGAAAAGGUCUGCACUGAAUAUAGAUGUGAUGAAGUGGAAAAGAAGAUUGGCCAAGAUGGUGGUUCUUGCCCAAGAAAGGUGCUGGAGAAGCCCAGAAGAGGUGUGACAAUUAAGAAAAGUGAAAUAAAAUGUGAUCACGAGUCAUCCAAAUUGAGAACCUCUAUUGCCAGCAUGGGAAAAGAUCUGAAAAAGUAUUCUGUUGAGUUCCAGCAAAAUUUGAAAGAAAUAGUGUCCUUCAGAGCAAGUAGUAGAAAAGAACCCACAAGUGAGAUUCAUCUCGGGUUAGCUGGGGAUUCUACUCAUAGUAAUCAUCUCGAGACGUCUGCAACCCAAUUUUCUGUCUCAGAAAUGAAAUGUUGUUCUGUCUGGAAGCAGAAUAUUAACAUAGCCAAAGAUAAAACUACAGCAAGAAAUUUUUCAAGGCUUUUUCAAGCGCCAGCAAAAGAUCUCCAGAUGAGUUUGCCAAGAGACCUAGAAGUUCCUUUCUCUCCAAUAACAUCUGGAUCACAGCCAAACAUAUUAGAUAGGCUUCCCUCUCAAAAUGAAAAGCAACAGAAUACAAACAGGAAGGGAGAGGCUCCUAUCGGCAGCCUAGAGAAGUCUGGUGCGGUAAAUCCUCAGGAUCUGAAUAUUACGAGUAACCAUAUUGUAGUACUGGAUUCUGAUGAAGAGCUGGAACGGGAGGCAGAAAAGAAACUGGCAGAGGCUGCUUCAAGCUUCUCUGAGCAACAGUCAUGGCAUAAAGAGAGCCCUGUUGCUGAUGUCCUAAACUGCUGGAGCCCAGCCCCUCCCCAGCAGGAUGUAAGUAAAGUGGGAGAUGGAUUGGGCACAUUAAUUUGUAAUGAGGCACAAUCUUUGGGUGAAUGCCAUCAGCCCUUGGACCCGAGUGGUCACAAAGAAGGCAGCUUCUGGGAAGGUUUAGGCUGGAGUGAAGGAAGGACAUUGGUGGUGCCUGAAACUCCUCUGGCAGCCUGGAAUAGCUUGAAUGAUGUGCAGGUCGAAAAAUCCAGGUUGAAUUCUUCCCUUGAAAAGCAAUGGACUCAUGAAGCCCAGACAGAACCGUUGUCUUGCAGCUAUGAACUGCUGCCGGUGCUUUCAUCUACCUCUUUGCUUGAAAUAGAGAAACCUGACAAUGGCCUAUGUGCAGCAGAGAGAGAUGUGGUGGUUGUGGAUGACAGUGAGGAGGAGCAGGAAGCAGUGCCGCUAUGUUCAAGGGGCAUCUUUGUAGAACCUUUGGAGGCAAUAACUGCAAAUGCCAGAAAUCCUUUGAGGACUUCUGUCCACAUGUUUGACAUGCAGAACAAUCACCCUGUGACUGUUGCUAGUAGUGUAACUAAUUCAGCAGCCACGUUCCAUUUUGGAGUGGGAGAUUUGCUACUGCACAACUCUCAGAAUUGGCCUGGAGAAGACUUUGACAGCAAUGUAGCUCUUCCUGCCAGCUCAAGUUUGUCUGCUUCCAUACCUGUUCCAAAGAUUUCUGAUCUUGCCUUGCAAGCCAGGGACAUCUCUUGCGUUACUCCGCUCAUGCCCUUUCCACCUUAUUCAAGCAUGGACACCCCAGAACUGAAGAAGGAAUUGAGCAGAUUUGGUGUCCGUGCUCUCCCAAAACGGCAGAUGGUUUUAAAACUGAAGGAAAUUUUUCAGUUUACUCACCAACAGGCAGGAACAGACUCUAAGAAAAAAUCUAUGCCAGUUUUUACCAGUUCCUUUCAGAAACUGCAGCAAAAAUGUCUGUCCCCUUAUCGACUGCUUCAGGGGAGCCCAAAUACGACUAACCAUACAGAUCUCUCUGAAGGAGGUGCUCAAAAGCCAGAGGCUGGACUUGGGUGGCCAAAGGGAGCUGCUCUUCCUACAAACAGAGCAACUGAUGGAGAGGGCAAUGGAGACCUAAUCCUGACAACUUCUGAAGUGCCAGCUGGCACAAGAAGAGCUGGAAGUGAGACUUAUGCAGCAUCUCAAAGUUCAUCCGUGGAGUUUAAAGUCAGCAUGCUGGCAGAGAAAGAAGGAAAUGUACCAGCCUCUUCGAUUGCUGCUAGCGGUGAGGGUCAGAAGCUGGAAAUCUUGAAGCACUAUAUUCAUUCCAAUCCAUCUCUUUGCCAGCAAAUUCUGCUAUAUCAGCCCAUUGAACUGUCUGUACUGCAUGCAGAACUGAAGCAAAAUGGCGUAAGGAUUGCGUUGGACAAGUUGUUGGACUUUUUGGAUGCCAACUGCAUCACGUUUACCAAUGCAGAAGCUCGGAGAGAAAAAAAACACCUCCAUAGAUGCAAGAAAAAGGGGCAAAGGUGAUACUAAGCCCUUUGGCUAUUAGAUAUUCUUCCAGAAUGUGAACUCCUGGAGGCUUUUUCCUCUGCAACUUUCCAGUCAGCUGCCUCUUCUCCUUUUUUUUGUUUAUAUUUUUUUCUUUGCUCAAUCCUUUUUUGGGCGGCAGCAGGGGGAAAAUAAUUUGUGUUGGGGUUUGAAGCGAGUUUGAUCCCUUUUAGCCAAACUUUGGACAGUGGAUAGCCUGCAUUCCAAGAGCAGCUUCGGACAGGGGCAGUCCACUUUCUCGUUGACUUAGAUAUGGGUAGUCCCUAUUUGGUAAUAAAAGAUGGAUUUAAAUGCAGACUUUUCUCAGACUGCAGCUGAUGGGGGAUGGUCAUACUUAGUUUGGUUAAGUCAAAAUUGCCUUGUUGCCCAAAUUGAAGAUUUUGAGGAGAUGCUUGAUGUCAAGAGUUGGUCACUUGCAUCCAAUCCUGAGAAAUGAUUUCAGCAUGCCUGGUGGGAUGACCGGUUAAGGCCUAGAAGUAUCUUCGCCCUACCUUUUCCCUAUGGCUGGCUGGCGAAGGAGGAAAAAGCAUACUUCAUUUGCAAAGACAACUUUUAUGUUUAUGUCGUUUGAGAGUACCGCGCAAGUAAUUUACUACAAAAUAGUCUCCCAGGAGGUGUGGUGUAAAAAAAUACAAAACUGGGAAGAAGAGAACAAGAUGAUGCGAUGUGAGAGGGCACAUUUUUACUGAACACAUUCUAAAUUCUUACUUCUCACAAGAUUUGGGAGGACUGAGGACCAGAACUGUUAAUACUUGCAUAUGGAGAUGGUAAUGCAUAUCUUCUUUUGGACUGCUUAAAUUAUGUCUUUUAUUUCAUUUCUUACUUUCCCACUGUUAAAAAAGCAAGAAAUUAUUUUAUGUAGUAAAUGUGAACAAAUCUUUUUAAGGUAUGACUGGUCCCACAUUGCAAUAUUUUUAACUGUUACUGCCCAGUCAUGUAUAUUAGAUGGGCAGCUGUGUUUAUUAAAGAAAUAAACAUUAACAUGUCAUGCCCCUA